ACGGAAAGCCGAAAAGGUCAAAACUGUCUUUUUGCGCUUCCGCGUUGUCAGAAAUCUACACCGUUAGACAACUGUAACAAACCAAAAACUACUUGUCGGCAGCAAAGGAAAACAAAAGGACAGGACGGUGGUGUUAUGUCAGCUGACGCCCCCCUGCUGCUGUGCGGCUGACUGUCACCUCCACCACCUCCACCUCCAUCAUCAUCAUCAUUAUCAUCAUGUCUCUGGGUGACAAUCCUCACCUGCUUCUCGGCAGGAUCCGGUUCCUGAACAGGUGUAUUGAGUGUUUCAGGAGGAGCGAGUCGGUGCCGGAAUGUCUGUGUUACGUCCCGAGAGAAGUCUGCUAUAAGAUCUGCAAGGAUUCAUCCUCCACCUCUUCUGCAUCAUCCGGGGCUUCUGCAGGAGGCUCCACGGUCGGGAAGACCCUCGUGUCCGUGUUUGAAAGUCCUCAUCAGACGCAACACAGCAAGAAGUCAUGCAAGUACAACAUUGAACCAAAGAAAGGGACUUGUAUCCGGACAACCGGGGAAGAGUACUGUAACAGCCAGGGCCUCUGGGUCAAAAUCAAUAAGGAGCAGCUGGAGGAGCACCGUGCAGGCCAGGAGUUGGAGGAGGGCUGGAUCCUGGUGUGUAAGCACACAGAAGGAGGCGACAGGCUGGUGCCGGUGGAGUCACCAGAGACUGUGAGCAGACAGCAGCAGCUCUUCGGCUACGACCACAAACCCUGCAACAGGUGGGAGCAGGUGGUGGACGUGCAGAAUGCGCUGUACAUCGGCUCCAAACCCAAAAUAGCUGAGUGUGAUGACGCUGCCGUCCAGAAGCUACGGUAUGUUCCUCCCACCUGGGCGUACGAAUGCGACGAGGACCUGGUUCACUACUUCUAUGACCACAUAGGGAAAGAGGACGAGAAUCUGGGAAGUGUGAAGCAGUGUGUGACCAGCAUUGAUGUUUCUUCGUGUUCGGAGGAUCCCAGUGGAGGGGCGAGCUGUUUGACGGAUGGCGACACAGAAACUUACUGGGAGAGCGACGGCAUGCAGGGACAGCACUGGAUCCGCCUGCACAUGAAGAGAGGCACUGUGGUCAAUAAGCUGAUAUUGACAGUGGACUCGACAGACGACAACUACAUGCCCAAGAGAGUCACCGUGUUUGGAGGAGAGGGAGACAACCUGAAGAAGCUGAGUGACGUCACCAUCGACGACAACCUGAUUGGAGAAGUAUGUGUGCUGGAAGAUAUGACAUCUCACCUGCCUGUCAUCGAGAUCCGAAUUGAGGAAUGUAGAGAUGAGGGGAUAGAUGUCCGGAUCCGAGGAUUGAAGAUCAAGUCGUCAUGUGAACGAGACCUCGGUCUGAACGCUGAUGUUUUCCAGUCUUCAAACUUGGUGCGCUACCCUCGUCUGCAGGGCACCCUGCCUGACGUCCUGUACCGCAGAGCGCUGGUCAUCCAGAGGUUCAUCUGUCUCCUGGACAGCGUGCUCCCACACUUGGUGCCUGCCUGGGACUACAGCCUGGGAACCUUCAACCAGAUCAAAAGCAUAAAGCAGUUCCUGCUGCUCUCCAAGCGCCGCUCGGCCCUCAUCACUCAGUGCCUGAAGGACUCGGAGACCAGUAAACCAAACUUCAUGCCCCGCCUCUACAUCAACAGACGGCUGGCGAUGGAGCACAGAGACAACCCCACCCUGGACCCCAGCUGCAAGAACGCUGUGUUCAAUCAGGUGUAUGAAGGUCUAAAGCCAUCUGACAAAUUUGAGAAGACUUUGGAUUACAGGUGGCCUGCUCGCUACGACCAGUGGUGGGAGUGUAAGUUCAUUGCAGAGGGAAUCAUUGACCAGGGCGGUGGAUUUCGGGACAGCCUGGCGGACAUGUCUGAGGAGCUUUGCCCCAGCUCAGCCGAGUGUCCCAUGCCGCUGCCAUUCUUCUCCCGAACGUCCAACCAGGGUGCGUUAGAGGCCAGAGAUUACUACGUCCCCAACCCGUCCUGUAAAGAGUUCCACAAGUAUGAAUGGAUCGGUCAGCUCAUGGGAGCCGCUCUCAGAGGAAAAGAUUUCCUGGUCUUGGCUCUUCCUGGGCUGGUGUGGAAGCAGCUGACCGGGGAGGCCGUCAGCUGGAGCAAAGAUUUCCCUGCUGUAGACUCUGUGCUGGUAAACCUGCUAGACGCCAUGGAGAACAUGGACCAAGAGACGUAUGAGUUCAGGUUUGGCGAGGAGCUGGUGUACACCACCCUGCUGAGCGACGGACAGAUGGUGGAGCUCAUCCCCGGCGGCAGUAAUGUUGCCGUCCGCUACGAGGACCGCAGGGAGUUCAUCCGCCUGGUGCAGAAGGCUCGGUUGGAGGAGGGCAAGCAGCAGAUUGCAGCCAUACAGGCAGGGCUGCUGAAGGUGGUUCCUCAGGCGGUGCUGGACCUGCUCACCUGGCAGGAAGUGGAAAAGAAAGUUUGUGGAGACCCUGAGAUCACUGUGGAAGCCCUGAAGCGACUUACUCGCUAUGAGGACCUGGAACAAAGUGACGUUAGAGUGCAGUACCUGUGGGAAGCACUGACCAACUUCACCAACGAGGAUCGUAGCAGGUUUCUGAGGUUUGUAACCGGCAGAAGUCGUCUUCCUGCACCUAUCUACGUCUUUCCUGACAAACAAGGCUCUGAAACAACAGACGCACUUCCACAAUCCUCCACAUGCUCCAGUACUCUUUAUUUACCCAACUAUCCAAGUGCUAAAGUUUGUGAGGAGAAGCUGCGUUACGCUGCUUACAACUGCGUGGCCAUCGAUACAGACAUGAGCCCCUGGGAAGAGUGAUCUCUCUGCUGCUUCACUGAAUGACCUCUGCACACUUUACAAGUCACCUCUGAAUGGAGAAAUCUUGCCAAGUUCAUCACCAUAUCUACAGAAAUGCCAAUAACUCACAGCUGUAUAUAAUAAAGAACUAUAUGUAAAUGA